AACCGGCCCGGUAGUCGUUGCAGGCUUCUUGAGCGUUGCAGCGGCGGUGGCGGUGGUAGCAGCGGCAGUGACUCCUUCUGGUACCGCUGCCUCUGGUUACGCUGUUGCGUCUGAACGGCCGGUGCGUGCCAGGGAGAGUUUUGCAAGAUGCGAGAUUCGCCUCCCGCGACGAGGGAGCCCUCGUCGUCGAGUUUAGGUGGACUCUGACCACCUUCGGCAAAGUGUGCAAGCCAGGGUGUCGCGCAUUACGUAAAGCCGUGGGAAAAAUUAAUCGCGGGGUAAAGAAGCAAAACAAAGUGUAGGCGAAGAAGGGAGACGACCCACUUUCUGUGUGCGUGCACGUCGCGAUGAGGAGAGCAUCGUUUGAUAAACCCGUCAACGCCAAGCGCAACGUUUUGAGCAACACCUCGUACGGGUUCACAAGUACCAAGGAUGCGGAGUACAAGUGCAGCGUGAAAUACAGCGGCGAACUACAGGAGAAGAAUUAUCUGCAACGUAGCGUAUCGGCGGAUAAUGUUGUAAUACGUUCACGCGGUUAUAAGCCGUCCGACAGACACGAUCCGGUUAAAAGAAAUUUUCUGGAGAACCUUACUUCAAAAAUAUUGCACUUCGGCAUGGAAGGCAGCGAGACUACCCCGAUUAAUUUGCAAAAGCUACUCACUCCAGCAUCAGACUCUCAAGAGCUACUACAUUCAAAAAAUAAAAAAAUGUUUGCAUCCUCAUACUUUUACGCACCAACGCAUCCCACCGUCGAAGAUCAAGUCGAGCUUGCACGUCGAAUUUCGCAUUCGCUCAGCGAUGUGAAAAAUGUGAAGAGCAAAGGACAGACUAUGUACGUGAAUAGAAAAAAGCGAUCUGUUAAAUGGAUCCAUGACGGCAACGGUAUCGAAGACGAAGAAGAAUCGACUAUGACGAUUCAUAAGGAAAAACUACCCCUUAAAUGCGUGAUGAAUCCAUGCGGGAAAGUGCUCGAUAUUCAUGGCAUUCAGGCGUUAGGCGAAGAGGUCAAUAUUGCGUCGGUACCGAAAAAUCCCGAGAAGCUCUUCGAUAUUGUUCGCGACUUGAAUAAUCAAAAAGGACGCGGUGCUGAGAUAUUUGCGAAACGUAGGAAAAGAUCGGAAAAGUGGGUAGUAGACCAAGAACAGCCACAAACACCCACUACUCCUGUCACACCAAAGACACCAACAUAUCCAGAAAAAUUAGAAAUUAACGGUAACACAAAUUUCAUGACGUCUUCGUUGCUGACACCUCGCACGCCGGUUUCGAGCAAUGACAAACAAUUUUAUAAUCCUUUUACAGUGGACAUUUCCCUUGACAACGCGAAUACCCCGAUAACAGACAGACAUUGUAACGCUAACCGAUGCAGCCAUUCGAGCGAGAUAAAAAAGAUUUAUCUGCGGGAAAUUGCGGUGGGCACAGAUUCCGAUUUUCCCCCCGAUCAUUCGCAAUCGCCCAUUGUCGAAAAAUCUCGUCGUAUCGUUUUCGAAUCUACUAACAAUCGACGCACUAACAUGGCCAAUAAUCGCGCUGUUGCAAGUAACAAUAACAGAUACGUUAACAACAACAAUUAUCAGCCUCCGAGAAAAUCUGACGUAUGCAAUGCGCGGGGCUACAACGGCAGAGACAUGAGAAUUCAACAGCGUUUCGACAACAAGUACAACGAUAACAUGAUUGACAAGAUUGGAAAUAAGCAACAGAAUGAUCGACAGAUGCAGAAUGACGAUGAGGAAAACGGAUACACUCCCGUACCAGUGAAGCAACUGAUACAAGAAUUCGAGAAAACCUGUAGACCAGUUUUGCAAUAUAAACAGAUCAGUCCAAAGAUCAUUCCAAUCGUACAGCAGUGUCCGUUGGAUAAUGACAUAGCACGUUUCUUCGAGACGAAAAGUUCUGUCAAGUAUAACAACGAGGACGGAUACGCACGUGCACGCGGAAAUUACGAAGGAUCCGCAAAACUGCAAUCCCAAUGCAACAACCGAUUGUACGACACACGCGGAAGUUACGAAAGAAAAUUGCAGUCCCAAUGCAACAGCCAAUUGUGCAAUGCACGCGACAGCUACGAAGGAUCGACGAAACUACAGUCUCGAUGCAACGGCUACGUUUCCACUGACGAGAGCGAAUAUACGACGGAUGACACCGACUCCGAAGAUUAUCAGAACGAGGCAGAAUCCAUCGAACGCGGCAAUUCUGCGCCGUCCGCCCUGUUGAACUGCUGCGACAGCAGCGAGUAUUCGAUUGCAUUCGAGGAUGAGUACUCGGGUACUCGGCGUCAUUCGACCACCUCACAGGAAUUGGAGGCUCUUUAUGCCAACAGCACGGAUCCGAGAUUCGUCAAUACGGAGGCUGAGAUGCCUCCCGAAGCGAAAUCGCUGAUGCUCUCGAUGAUCGCUUCGCAGGAGGAUAUACUCGAAACUAAGAAACAUCUGCGUAACACACCGGUCUUGGAUAAUCUUUUAGGCACCACUACGCCAGAAUGCAAAAUUGACCCCGAUUUAGGAAACAAACUGUACGAGAAGGACAAUUAUACUGGACCGAAAUUGGCCAGCCUUCACAAUCUGACAAAUUACAAUACAGCGCCGCGUGGAUGGAAUCAAUCAUUCACAGUCUAUCGGCCUAUUAAAUUCGAGAAACCGCAGGAGAUUAUGUAUUCUGAUUUUUAAGGAUACUACGAUAAAUUUUAUAAUUACAACCCUUUUACACAUAAGGUGACUGAAAGAUUAAUCAUAAAUCUAAUUUCUCCGAGACAUUGACGACAGAACUAUUGGAAUAUGCUUUUCGCAUUCAUUUUCGCCAGUACUAUGAUUUAAAUUAAUAACUUAUGGAUCAGUCAAAUAUCUUGACCACGACGUACAGCGAUAUGACCGCGCUAUGCGCGCGAUAUGUUUGAAGUUUUGCUUUGGUGUACCUCUACCUCUUCAAUCCCUCAUUGAGAUAUUUAACGUUGUUCCUGCUUUGACAGUGUUACUGCAUUUUACUUUAUUAUAUAUUAUGCAAAUAAAUAUGUUGUUUUCCUAA